AUGAAGAUAUUCAGAUGUUGCUUUAAAUACACUCUGCAGCAGAAACUCUUCAUCCUCUUCUUAACAUUAUGGCUCUUCUCCUUGUUAAAACUCCUAAAUGUGGGCAGGCUCCUCUUCCCUCCAAGAGACAUUUACUUGGUUGAGUACUCCCUAAGUACCUCCCCAUUUGUAAGGAACAGGUUCCCCGAGACGGAGGAUGCAGCCAGGGAUGAAGUUAACUGCUCGGGGAUCUAUGAGCAGGAACCUUUAGAAAUUGGCAAGAGUCUGGAAAUCAGAAGACGGAACAUUAUCGACUUGGAGGAUGGGGAUGUCGUGUCGAUGACAAGUGACUGUGACGUUUAUCAGACCCUAAGACAGUACCAUGAAAAGCUUGUUUCAAGAGAGGAGGAGGACUUCCCGAUAGCCUAUUCACUGGUCGUCCACAAAGAUGCCAUUAUGGUUGAACGGUUAAUCCGAGCUAUUUACAACCAGCACAAUCUUUACUGUAUCCAUUAUGACCUGAAGUCACCGGACACGUUCAAAGCUGCCAUGAACAACCUAGCUAAGUGCUUCCCCAAUAUUUUCAUUGCUUCCAAAUUAGAGGCUGUGGAGUAUGCCCACAUAUCCAGGCUCCAGGCUGAUUGGAAUUGCUUAUCAGACCUCCUCAAGUCUUCCGUUCAAUGGAAGUAUGUCAUCAACCUAUGUGGGCAAGACUUUCCCCUAAAGUCAAAUUUUGAAUUAGUGACAGAGCUGAAAAAACUCCAAGGAAGUAAUAUGUUAGAGACAGUGAGACCUCCCAGUGGUAAGAUGGAGAGAUUCACCUAUCAUCAUGAGCUCAGACAGGUGCCUUAUGAAUAUAUGAAGCUUCCGGUGAAGACAAACAUCUCCAAGGGGGCACCCCCUCAUAACAUUGAGAUAUUUGUGGGCAGUGCCUACUUUGUUUUAAGUCAAGCAUUUGUUAAAUAUAUUUUCAACAGCUCCCUUGUUGAAGACUUUUUUGCCUGGUCUAAAGACACAUACUCUCCUGAUGAGCACUUUUGGGCCACCUUAAUCCGGAUACCAGGAAUACCGGGAGGAAUUUCCAGAUCAUCCCAGGACGUGUCUGACCUACAGAGUAAGACCCGCCUGGUCAAAUGGAACUAUUAUGAAGGCUUUUUCUACCCCAACUGCACUGGCUCUCACCUUCGAAGUGUGUGUAUUUUCGGAGCUGCAGAAUUACGGUGGCUCAUAAAGGAAGGGCAUUGGUUUGCUAAUAAGUUUGAUUCUAAAGUAGACCCUGUCUUGAUUAAAUGUCUGGCAGAAAAGCUUGAAGAGCAACAGAGAAAGUUGAUUGCUCUGUCUUCAGAGAAGUUCAUUACAGAGGGAAACUCCAAAGCCACACAUCAUAAGAUGACUACAGCUCUGAGGGUGUCUGAUACAAAGAGUUAAGUGAGAGGGAGUUAUGCGCCCAUACCUUGCCCAACAGCAUCUGAACUUAAUAAUGUCCAAGGUUGAAAUUUCUACAGAUUUCCAUGCCUGGGCUUUGAGCCCACAGUUGGCUGGUGUUUAAGUGCUGGAUUCGCUUGUUGUCCUGCUAAGUCAGAGAUGUUAAAUGUUCAGUGUUCACAUUUGUUGAACACCUAUUUGUUGCACCAGGCACUUUAUCCAAAGACACGCCUGAGUUAAAUCUGAGUUGCAAUGGCUUGUGCCCUCAGGAAGCAGUGUUUACCCUCCUAGUGUGGCAACUGUCGAGUUUCUUAUUUCCAUGUGACGAGGGUGCUACUGAAGACGGCAUUGGGAUGUGUGCUAAUCGUACAAGCCACCCUCUCUGAAGAGCACGAGAGUGUGAAGCCAGCCCUUCCCUUUUCUCAGUUUAACAUGUUUGAAUCGUUAGAAUAUUAAGAGGAGAGAUUCCACUACCUCAGAGAAGCUCAAAGAAUUGUCCGAUCGCCUGCUUGCCAAAGUAUAAUUUACCUUUUGGUGCCUCACUUUUGUGAUUCAGAGCAGAGAGAGUGCUGCUGGUAUGAUGUGUACAGGGUAUAGUUGUCUAAGAAGGCAGAGGGGGCCCUGCGGGGGCACUAGGACAGGUAGUGCCGGGGAGGAACAUGGGCUCCACGCGGCUUUGCAUUUCUUAUACGAUGGUAUCAUGAACGACUCUCUUUUAUUCACUUGUUUCUUUAAAACACAGGUACUGAUAAACAUAAAACUGAGAACUAGUUCAAAAUGUUGUAGACCAGAACCCCAGGCCUAUGCCUGUCAUUUCAUAAGGUAACAGAGAUAUGACUAUCUAUCCUUGCUAACUGGACACUUCUGACAGGGUUCAUAGUUCUGUUCUGUGUGUAACCUCCAAGUCAGUAAGCUUUCUUAGAAGGAUGUUGUGAAAUAUGACAGCUUUCUCAGUUAUUGUGGUCACUUACUCAUUUUCCUUUUUAAAACAAAACAGAAUUGAAAUUAAAAAUAAUUAACACUCCGAAUUAGUACAGCUUUUUUCUCAACCAAGCACCAAAGGGAAUAUUAUUACCCUUAUUUUACAAAUGCCCUUAUUUUAUACACUUAGAAUCACUUUACAUGCACACACAUACACAUGCACACAUACACACAUGCUCACACAUGUGUGCACACACACACACAUGUGGAUGGGGGAGGGGUGGGGGUACACUGAGACUGAAUGUAUGGUGUAUUGUGCUGCUGAGUCAUAGCUUGAGAACAGGCCGCAACAUUACACCAGUCUCUGUGGAGAGUGAGACACAUGUAAAAAUUCCUUGUGUUUUGAUAUCAGCCCCAAUAACUACUUAAUUAUGUAAUAAUUGAGGCCAAAAUCAGAUUGUUUGAAAGACUGGAGUAUAUAAAUAUUUUACAUUUCAGUACUCUGCACGCGCCACGCUCUCGGCGUAUUUAAUGGUUGGUAGCACUAACUGCCCUGUGGCCCCAUUUUUGCACCAUUUCUUUAUCUUUAACUCACCUUGCACCUCUUUUGAUGCCUUUUCCAGGACCCUUUGGAUGUUUUUGUUCCCUGGAAAAGGGCUGUUACCAAGUCUCUAUCCUUAGAUGAUAAGUUAUAGAGGGUUUGGUGCGUGGCUCAGCAGUUUAAGAAAAUGUGCUGCUCUUGUGGAAGAUGCAAGUUCUGUUCCCAGCAUUCACACCAGGUGGCUCCCAGCUGCCUGUAACUCCAGCUGUAGGGAACCCAGUGCCGCCUUCUGGCCUCCAGUGGCACCUACUCCCAUCAGUGUAUACACACACACACACACACACACACACACACACACACACACACACACAAACACACGAAUGCACUCGCACACACAGGCUUUCACACACACACAUGUAUUCCAUGUUUUGGAGGUGUUGAGCCUCACAGAGAAGCUGCCCAGGUCUAUCAGUGGGUGAGACCUAAAGAAACCAUCCUAUCGGUCUCCAUGGGCUUCUGUUCUCUGUACACUGAGCAUGUGAAUGCAUAUUGUGGUUUCCUCGGAAGCUUGCAUGAGAUUCAAGGGAAAUGUCACCUGAAGGGGAGACAAAAUUUGAGCUAUCAGAUUGGUGACAGUAUAAGAUAAGCACAGGUCCCAAGUCCAUUGUGAGAAUUAAAGACGAGCCUUUGAAACACAGCAAGAGGCCACAGUCACAGGGAAGGCUCUGCCACCAGAUUCAGGUCUAAGAAAAAGCCCUGUCACAGCAUUUGGAGUUUCUUCUACAGCCAAUAGCGUGUUAGCAUACUGGUUGAAUGGUUUAGAUGAGGAGUGAGGAUUAGAGAAACUUUGAUAACUAUGCAUGGUCAAACUCACAAGGACUUCAGUGAUCAAGUAGAAUGUGAGGGCUGCAUGCAGGUAGCAGGUACUUGGUCCUCCGUCUGUCUGCAGAGAAAGGCCCCUGUUCUCUGUUUGUUAGGAAUUGUCUCAAGUUGCUGCAUACUGCCCUGCUAGUUUCAAGUGGACAAUGGGCAGACCAAGUGGCAUGCCUUCCUUCCCCCAUGGGCACAUUUCUCUGGACUCAGAAAUGUGAGCUGCUCGUAUUUCAGGGAGCUUGCCAAAGCACUGGCUCUUGCCUUGGGAAUCCUGCAGGGUCCCUGCUAGUCUUCAGAAUUGAUUCUGGCAAAAAACGUUUGCUAUGAGCCCUUCCCAAGUUUCAGAAUGUACAACACUGUUUUAUAAUUGUUUUUUGUAUAGUAUUUAUUGAAUUAAAUCCUAAUUUACUUAAAGGUGAGAGUUUACGAAUUAUAUGUGAAUAUUAGAAGAAAAAUGAAAGCUGUCAAAAUAUAUUAUGUGAGCAAUCUACUGUACCAUAGACACUGUAUCAAAAAGCCAGUAUUGCUAUUUUCUCUUUUGAUUAUUUUGAAUAAUAAAAUUCAUUGAAAGAUAAAAGAUUUUAGGGUUAGAAAGAUGUCUUAGCAUUUUAAGAGUACUGGCCACUCUUCUGGAGGAGCCAAGUUCAAUUCCCAGAAUCCUUAUGGCAGCUCAUAACAAUCCGUAACUCCAGUUCAAGGAAA